AGGGAGGAGGGAUCGAAGGAGGCAUUGGUGCCGUGUGGUUCUGGACUAGUUAAGUUGCCGGCGGCCAUCCUCGUCUGCGAGAACAAGCUAGCCUCUCCGCGCCGUCUCCCCGAUCCCCACGGCGAGCGAGGAUGUCUCUUUCGGUUCUUCGCCCGGUCGGUGUUGCUCUCGAUGGCGCCGUCGUCGCACGGGUCGAAGUGAAACCCUUCCCCUCCGCCACGGCCUCCAUGGAAGCUCUAGCGCGCGCCCUGUGCGCCAUCGAGUCAGGAGGAAAUCCUGAUGACGUGCCAGCUGAAGACGGCGGUGCCCAGCGGGGCGCCUCGACCGUGCGUGGCAACAUCUUUAUGUUGGUUCCUGGAAGAGGACCCAAUGACUAUCGGUUUAUCCUGGAUAGCGGAGCAUCUGUGCAUGCCACACCACGGUACUACCUCCUCAAAGACCUGGUAGCGGUUGCACCGGGCCAGACAGUUCGUGCAGCCAACGGGAAGGAUAUACCAAUCCGCGGCCGUGGGCGCGUGUCUCUCGAGAACUUCAUCGCUCUGGAGGACGUCGACUACAUCCCCGGCCUCGCCGCCAACGUCGUCUCGGUUUCCAAGCUGGCCGACCUCGACUACGAGGUGAAGUUCAGGGGUGCUGAGUGCUUCGUCAGGGACAACACGGCUGGUGGCGCCCUGGUCGGGAGGGGCCGCCGCGUUGGCGGAGUGUACGUGCUGGAUUACCUCUUGGUCCCGCCCGGCAGGGUAGCUGCUGCCGCGCCCCAGGAACCAGCGGCGAACUGAGAGUGAAAGACAGGGAGAUGAAGCUGACGACCGGACUUCUUGGAAUAAAUAGACUACCUGGUUGUCACAAGGAUACACGUCUCUGUUAUGUCUGUUGCGUGAUUGGACCAAGAGAACUGCAAACCAUUAUUCUCGGUGCAUAUUCAGUGCGCUGCAUUGGCCUGUGUUGGCAAACCUGUCCAAGAACUCUGAAUGGUACAACUAGCUUGGCAUACCAAUAAUAACUCUAUCAUCAUGAGCACUACACAGAUCAAUAGGUACAAACUCAGAUGGCACAGCACAAGAAUACAAAUUAAGCUACUAGCUAGUGAACUUGUUGCAAGGGUAACCACUGCCCACCUAUCUCUUGAAUUUUUGUUUUUUGAUUGAGGUACCUCUAGGCUCGACUUCUUGUUUCUCUCGGUGUAUUGGGUUUUUUAGAUAUAUAUACGUAGGCAAAGUCUCCCAUUACAAUGUUAACUACACUACGGGCUGAAGAGAUAUAGUUGAUUCCAACUGGUCUGUACUAUUGUCCGUUAUUGUUACUAAAACAUUUAAAUGUAAAUAUUAUUAUACUA